AGCAAAGCAACGCGAGCGAGCGAGCGAACGAGCCCAGCCAAGGCUUGGGCUGGAGUACUGUGAGCGCCCAGCGCAGCACGGACGCGGGGCAGGCUGCGCCCGAGUGGUUUCCCCUCCUCUCCCUCCCACUGACGGCGGGGACGGAGAGCAGGGACAUGCAGGCGGAAUCGGGGAUCGUGCCGGACUUCGAGGUCGGUGAAGAGUUUCACGAGGAGCCCAAGACCUACUAUGAGCUGAAAAGCCAGCCCCUGAAAAACAGCAGUUCCGAGCACCCUGGAGCUUCCAAGCCUCCGCUAAGCUCCUCUAGUAUGACAUCACGGAUUUUGCUACGCCAGCAGCUCAUGCGUGAGCAGAUGCAGGAGCAGGAGCGGCGAGAGCAGCAACAGAAACAGCAGGCUGCUCAGUUCAUGCAGCAAAGAGUGGCAGUGAGUCAGACACCAGCCAUCAACGUCAGCCUCCCAGCUAGCCUCUCUCCUGCUACUCAAGUCCCAAUGGAAGUCCUUAAGGUGCAGACUCACCUGGAAAACCCAACCAAGUACCACAUUCAACAAGCUCAGCGGCAGCAGGUCAAGCAGUACCUCUCCACGACAUUAGGAAGCAAGCACACCAACCAAGCACUCAGCUUACCAUGCCCGAACCAGACAGGUGAUCAUGUUAUGCCGCCUGGCACUGGAAGCAGCGCACCCAACAGCCCGAUGGCCAUGCUCACACUCAACUCCAAUUGCGAAAAAGAGGGCUUUUAUAAAUUUGAAGAGCAAAGCAACAGGGCAGAGAGUGAAUGCCAGACCCUAAAUACCCAUUCCCGAGCAUCAUGCAUGCAGAUGGAUGAUGUAAUUGAUGACAUCAUCAGUCUGGAAUCAAGUUAUAAUGAAGAGAUCUUUGGUUUAAUGGAUCCUGCCCUGCAAAUGGCAAAUACGUUACCUGUCUCUGGCAAUCUUGUGGAACUCUAUGGCAACCAAAGCCUGCCUCCCCCAGGACUCAACAUCAGCAAUUCAUGCCCUGCUAACCUUCCUAAUAUAAAAAGGGAACUCACAGCAUGUGUAUUUCCCACAGAGUCAGAGGCAAGAGCUUUGGCCAAAGAAAGACAAAAGAAAGACAAUCACAAUUUAAUUGAACGAAGAAGACGAUUCAAUAUUAACGAUCGCAUAAAAGAACUUGGCACUUUGAUACCCAAGUCAAAUGAUCCGGACAUGCGUUGGAACAAGGGAACUAUUUUAAAGGCAUCUGUGGACUAUAUCCGCAAGUUGCAAAGAGAACAGCAACGCACAAAAGAAUUGGAGAAUAGACAAAAGAAACUGGAACAUGCCAACCGGCACCUUUUGCUCAGAAUACAGGAACUUGAGAUGCAAGCUCGAGCACAUGGACUUUCCAUUGUCCCAUCAACUGGCCUUUGUUCACCAGAGAUGGUAAACCGGCUUAUCAAGCAAGAGCCCAUCCUUGACAACUGCAGCCAAGAGCUCUUGCAGCAUCACCCAGACCUCUCUUGCACGACCACUCUUGACCUUACAGAUGGCACCAUCACGUUCAAUGACAGCCUGGCUAAUGUAACUGAUUCAGCCACUGGCACUUACACCGUCCCCACCAAAAUGGGAUCCAAACUGGAAGACAUCUUGAUGGACGAUACUCUCUCUCCUGGCGGAGUUACUGACCCAGUCCUUUCAUCAGUGUCUCCUGGGGCUUCCAAAACAAGUAGCCGAAGGAGCAGUGUGAGCAUGGAGGAUACUGACCAUGUUUGUUAGUGGAUAUACUUAGGCUUUUCACGAACUUCUUCAUUUCUUUCAUUGAGAUUAAGUAAUUUGCUCUCUUUUUUUCUUAAUAACUAUCUUUUAAUAUAAAUCUUUAGAUAGCCCAGUGUAUGUGACUUUUUUUAAAUGUUUGAAGAGACUUGUAUAUUCUGUUUUAAAAAUUACUGAUGCUUCCAAAGUAUUGUACUGCAUCUGUGAACCAGAUUCAACUGGAACUCCACAUGAGUUCAUGUCUACUUGAAAGCAAUAGAGAUCUACCGAUCCACAGAGUCCAUGAUCUACUAAAGGUGAUGCUUCAGUAUAACUGUAAUGAAACCCAUUGACUUGGACAUGAAAUGUAGAAGAAUGUAAAAAAACCAAAAACAAAUUAGCUUUGUAAACUAUAUUUGUCUUGAUUUAAUAGUGCCUCCUUUUAAAGAUACUUUUACCUGUUCUCUCACUAAUCUUUCUCACAGCAUUAGGUAUAACAGAUAUGUAAUCUGGCCACCUGUACAGCAACUAACUCAUGGCAAUCUUGAUUACAGUACAAGCUAGAAAUGAAGGAUGGAAGGACGCAUGGAGAUUCAAUGGCAUUUAAAUUGGUAUUAUUAGUAUUCAUUAUUGUUUUUGCUCUCUAGUGAGUGGACAUCCUUCUAAAUCAUAGCUAACUUUAUUUUUAAAUAGGAAUCACUUUUAAUCAUGGUGGUGAAUCUACAUUGGUAUUUUAAUAAUGCAAGCUUGUGAAUAUUUCAAGCUUUUAACAAAAACUUAGCAUUUUCCUUCAGUUGGGCAGAACCAAUUGGAAUCUUCUUUUUUUUAAAAAAAUGCAUUGUACAGGUACAUGAUUUGCAUGACUUUUUCAUUUAUUUUUCAUGGAGACUACUUUUUUUUAAUUUGUAAGAAGAUGCCUCUAGUUAUUGUGACUUUUUUGACAUUUUAAACCUCACAGAAGGUUUUAUUUUGCAUUCUUUGUACUCACGUCACAGCAAGCUUUUGUGCAGGUCCUGUCUUUUCCAAGAGUGGUUUGUGACUAGUUUGUAUAUUACAGUCUCACUUGGAAGGAAUGUUUUGACACAGACAGAUCUUUAAAUUGUAGUACAGAUUUAGCCUAGUUAACAAAAUGAAACUAUAUAAAACUAAACGGAAAAACUCUGAAUUUAACGUAUUUAUUUUUAGUGAUACAUGACAAAUAGUAAUAUGCUUGAAAACAUGGUUGCUAUAUCCUUUUGUGUGCUGUUACAUUUUUCAGCAACAAGGUUGAAAGAAAAUUGAGUGUAUCUGCGGGUAACUGUUACUUGAUCCCAGCGUCAUGCUGAACAUGUUCAACAAUGUUGUCAGAAAAACAUGCUCUGUGCAUUAUCUACUCCAGCCUAGUCCUAUGCAAUAACAGUAGUGACACUUGUAUUCUUCUUGUUGUUAUUAUCAUGCCUAAAUAUUUUCUACAGUGGUCGUGCAGCAAGUGAUCGGCUUCCACUACGGCAACCGCCCAGUUCAUCAGCAGAUGGCAGGGAAGCAUAUCUCAUUCGGAAUGAAGUGCCUUAAAUUUAGCCGUAGUCUUUGUGAGCUAGCACUGACUGAAGUGUCAUGCAAGAGAAGAGGGGGCGGGGGCGUUGCUGGGUGUGGCUGACGCGGGGAGCACCGCGCUCGUGUCCCGGAGCAAGGGCUUCCGGUCCUCCACCCCAGUCCUGUGCUAAUUCCAGAAACACUCCUUGAAGUCUUCGACUCCUUGUCUGUGCCAGCUUUGCUUGUGUGCUCAGGAAACCGGCCUUGGAGCUGCAGAUAGGUGUUUGGAAUGCUAGUGUGGACUGGUGAUCAGGAAGUGUUACAGAAGAGAACUCUUAGAAGCAAAGAGCUGCAGAGUUUCAUUUCCUGGAAACAUCCUUGCAACUGUUAAAGGCUUACCUGUGCUCCUUUCUACCCAAAUUUGUGCCACUAACUGUGGGAGUCAGGCUUGCACCUGAUCUCAUUUUUUGCAACUCUCUCUGAGAAAAUGGACAGAGGAAGAGAAAUAAGCAGAGGUGAAAACCACAGAAUAUCUCUCAACUUCACAAUCGCUUAAACAAUAGUGAUUUAAAAAUGUUUUCUCAAUUAGUUGUUACUGAGCUCAGAUAAACACCAUGGAUGACAGUCACUAUUGUAGAAAUAGAAAUCUGAAGGGUGUUCUUGCUUCAGUUUCUGGUUGGCAAUAGCUUCACAUCAAGUUGAGAGGAUCACAGAUUUUCAGCCUCAUCUGGAAAGAGAGUUGGGCCCGUAUUUGGCACCAUGUGGCAAAUUCAGUAGCCAGUGGGUAGUCUUUUGUUGCCCGAUAUUAUCUGCAGGAAAAUGUAAUUAGAACUUUACUGUCAAAGGGAUGCUUGAUUUGUUAUUUAUUCUUUAGUAUGGAAGUAUAUGACUUUUUUGGUGUGGAGAUAUUGUACGAAACCUAGCCCAGCUGGCCAGAGACUUCUUCAGUAAAGUUUUGGUCCAUAUCAAUACAAGUAGCCUGUAUUUUGAGUUUCAGAAAAUGAUUAACACUGACUCCCACCUACCUGGGCCCAUGCCCCAUUAAAAUUAAUGAGGCUUACUUUUGAGUAGACAUGAAUCGGAUUGCACUGUAAAAAGAUGAAUUUGGGUCAGCACAACACACCUUUGUGUGUUGGAGGAUUUAUUAAAAAAAAAUCUUUCAGUGCAAACAGUUCAAUUAUGCAUAUUAAGCAAAGCUACAUAUUUGCUUGUUUUGCACAAUCUGUCUUAUUUCUUUUAGUCAUUAGGGCAUGGUGACCCUUAUGUAACAACACUGAAGCAGUAUCCCACUACUUCUACGCUCAAAACACUGGAAAUUUUUCUAGCUCUACUCUGUGGCUUCUAAGAUGUAUCAGAGAUUGUACAUACUUUUAAGACUGUAUUUGCAUAUGAAGGGCUAGAAACUUGUUUUAAAUCAAAGCAAAAGAAACAAAUCCUACAAUUUAAGGAUGCUGUGUUACACCCUUGAUCCCCAAAUCAGCAAUUGCAAAAUUGUAGCAAAUAUGCAGCCUUGAGCCUAAAACAAAUGUGAAGCAAAUUGUGCUGGAUUCGUUAAGAAGAGCUCGUUACCAGGGUUCUGUUCAGCAGUGUUUUGCCUCAAGAAAGAAAGGCCAGCUUGACACCCCAGUCACAGUAAAAUUGUUGGCUACCCUGUAAGCAUGUUCUACCAUGGCACAUUUGGUAAUCUGAUCCACCAAGUUUCAAUUUUUCUUGGAUGAGACUGGUGUUACCAGAGUAUCUCAACACACCAGGCCACUAUUGAUUUUCCACUCGACUUUUCUCUAGCCAAUUCUGUUUUGGAUUCCUCAUACCAGAGCAUCUGUGUUUUUGUUUUUGUUUAUGUCAGGAUUUUCAUAUCCUCCCUGCAGAAUUCUUGCAAAUCAAAGGAUAAUUGGCAUCAAUUUUUCUAAACUGAAUUUUAUGCUUUCAGAUGGACUUACUUAUUUUAUUUAGAACCAAGGACCAGAAAACUAAUACGCCUUAAGCGUAAUAUAUUUAAAACAGUGAUUACAUGAGUCCAGAUGCCAACUUAAAGUAAAAUCAUAAGACUGCUGCCCAGGUACAUGGAGUACCAAUCAAUGUUCUCUUUUGCCAAAACCAUGCAAAAUACAUUAGUGCCAUAAACAUCUUCUUUUAGAUAAAUAUAUAAAGCAAUAUUAACUCUGAUGCCUAUAAAGCCUUUAGGAAGCAUAUAAGAAAAAUAAGCAAAGCACAAAAUAAUGCACUUACCAUAUUUUUGGACAUAAAAUGCACUGGUGAAAAAUGGAAAAUGAUGGUAUAAAAGGCCUCUGUAUCUUGAAAAGUGACAUGAAUUACUGCCUCUCGUUCUGAAUGCUUUAGUACCAUGCUGUUAUUGAUCUUUUCACCUGCUGUUGGCCACAGCAAUAAGUUGUUUAUGGUCCAUCGCACUGUAAAUUAUGGAUCAACAUUAAUGUAAGCCAAUUAAAUAAUUUGAACUGUUCCUAACAGAUGGAUUAAAGUGUUUGGUUUUUCA